AGGACAAAAAUAAAUGAAAGCAAAUGGCAUGCAAGUGGAAUGGGCUCUUUGACGUGGGAGAAGACUUGGAUGAGGAUUUGCUCCACACCGACUGGGAUGUACCGACAAAGCCGGUUCCUGCUGCUGUUGAACCCAUUUCCGAGGCAACCUUUCUCCGGGCUCCUGCGCAGUCUGCCACGAAUCACCCCAUUCUCCUCAAGGCCUCCUCAUGUACCACGCUGAAGAAUGAGUUGGGAAGCUCCUCCCUCGGUACUGUUGGUGGAGCCACUGCAGGCUUCGGUCUCAGAUGUAUGUCCAGUGCAGCUGUCUCCUCUGCUUCUCCGCACAAUUCCCUUUUGCCUUUUGCUUCCGGGCUUGUGGAUCAGAUGGAGGGUCCAGUCCCCCUCUCGCACGAACCCCUUGGCUCUGAGGGCCACCGUGAGGCAGGCCCCUCCCCAGAUGACUUUGAUGACUGGGAUUUGGAUUUGGAGGAACUGGAUGAAAAUGCUUUGCAGUCGCAGGGAGGGAUUUUGAUGGACCGCUCCACUCCAGCACCCCCCAGUGAGGACUCUGUCUCUCCGGCCAAAAGAAUGCGGGACUCUCUGUGUGGUGGUGAACUGGUCCCUGGUAGUAACCUGGAUGGGUCUGGCCCCCGACCUGCUAUUGCUUCGCCCUUGACGAGGCAUGUGUUCGUUUCCAGCCCCUCACUUCAUCCAGGAGUGACAUCUUUCACAGUGCGACCUCUGACAAAAGCAAUAACUGCAGGUCCUGGGACUCUAAAGCCAGUUAGUCCUCCAGCGCUUCAGGCUGCUGCAGCUGGACUACAGUCAGUGGGAAGCCUCCAGUCCUCAUCUCACAUGCUGCAGCCCAAUAGGUUUGGACCCCCAGCACUUACCCCUCGGCCCUUGCAUACACCUGUCUUUACCAACCACUUGGUGCAGUUGGUAUCAGCUGCCAACAAGACACCGCAGAAGCCUGGCACACCAACAUUGCGGCCCAAGACUCGCCGCUUCCCGGGCCCUGCUGGGCUUUUGCCCCAACAACAGCUAAAUGGACGGAGCUUGGAUGACAUUGUAGUGCCCCACCCGCAAACACCGGCACAUGGAGCCAUGGCUCAACUGCGCAGCCAGAUUCCCAGCUCCCAGGGGACUAGUGAUGAGUUCAGUGGAGGCACUUGGGCUGUAAUGAAAGCCGAGAUGGGACUGGAUGAGAGGAGUCCCACCUGCUUCUUGCACUCCUACAGCAUUGUCAUGGUGUUGCGUAAGGCUGCCCUGAAACAGCUGGCCAAAAACAAGGUGCCCAAUAUGGCCGUCAUGUUGAAAAGCCUGCUGCAUACGCAUGCUGAUGCCAAGGCCGUGUUCCAGGACCCCACAGGAGAGAUGCAGGGAACAGUGCAUCGACGCCUCCUUGAGGAGAGACAGGGUGAGCUGAAGGUGGGGGCUGUGCUGCUGCUCAAACAAGUGGGUGUUUUCUCGCCAUCCCAUCGCAACCACUACCUGAAUGUGACACCCAGAAACCUGCUGAGGAUUUACCCCCCAGGAGGCACCAUGUGGUCUUCAACCCAGCAGUCCUUUCAAGUUCCAGAGAAGCAGAUGACCAGGAACACACAGUCCUCCCUGGCAGUAGGGGGCAUCGUUUCUCAAAUGGAGAUGAUCUACAGCAAUGAAUGUGGCGAGCGAGGACUAACGGGGAACGACCCUGGAGCUGAAGCUCAGAGUGAGGCGGGUGAUUCAGCCUGGGAUGCAGAUGAUCUGGACCAGUUGUUGGGGGAGCUGCCUGAGGAGUCCUGCAGCCUUUGAGGUGGGUUUUUGAGAAGCCCAAGAAAUUUUGGACAAGGCAGAGGGAGGAGACAACCGUGACAUAAGCAAGGUGAUCACGGUGGUGCUUUUGGUCCUCAAGAUCUGACC